CUUAAUGUAUUUGUUAUUAUUUAUUUAAGUAUUAAACAUUUUUACAUCAAUGUUACCAAAAAAAGGAAGUUUGACACUUUGUGUGAUUUGUACGACACUCUUAGUAACACCCAUGCUGUGAUCUUCUGUAACACACGUGGUAUGGUUAAGUGGCUGACUGAAAAUAUGCGUUUAAACACAUAUUAUACUGUAUCAGCUAUGCAUGGAGAAAUGGACCAACAUCAAUGUGAGCUAAUUAUGUGGCAAUUCUGUUCUGGCUUUAUUCGUGUUCUAAUUACCACUGAUGUGUUGGCUCGAGGCAUUGAUGUACAACUAGCUUCUCUGGUUAUUAAUUAUGAUUUCCCAUCCGAUUACAGGUUUAUACUUUCUAGCCGUUUCGGUCAUAAAGGAGUCGUUAUUAACUUUAUGACUAGUUAUGACAAAAGAGCUAUGAAGGAGGAUAUUGAAUGGUUUUACAACACUCACAUGCUUGAGAUGCCACAGGAUUUGGCUGAUUUGUUGUAGACAUGCUUUGUAUCUGUGAAUUGUUACUUUGAAACUAGUAAAAUACAGCGGCAAUGCGAUUCAAAUUUUCUGUUUUCCUUUUAUAUAUAAAUAUUU